CUGGCAGAGGUUUUGAUUCGAGCCCCGGAACCUGGAUCCGCCUGGCGAUGCAAAGCAGUCUGCAAGCGUUGGAACUCUCUGAUCUCCGACACCCACUUCGUUCGCCGCUACGUUUCUCACCACCAACAGAGCAGCUCCAACCAAUACGGCGGCGGAGGCGAACUUGAAGAACCGCCUUUGAUGUCCUCCAACUCCAGGGAAUCAAUUUUGAGCUUCCUCCCCCUGCCUGAUGGAUUAGCUUAUGAACCUGUUUAUUUCCGAGUUUAUGAUUGCUACAAGGACUUGGUUUUGUGCGGAUUUCACGAGGGACGUGAAAUUCGUGACGAAUUCUGCAGGUCUCUCUUCGUGUGCAAUCCAUUUACGAAGCAAUGGAUCGCCCUUCCUUUAGCGCCCGAAACCCCAUCAACGGCAAUUGGAUUAAAAGAGGCAAGAAGUUUGGUGCUUUUUGGGAACACUACUGCACCUUGGCUUUGUUCAGGGUUAAUUGCUGGACGAAAAGACGAUGAAAGGCAGAUCAGCAUCACCGACCAAGGGCUUAAGAAGCAGAAGGUGGUGAAAGGCUAGUUCGUGCUGUAAGCAUUGCGGCCCAUUGGAUGAAAAUCUCAUCUGCAAAGUGAUCAGGGUAGAGUUCUGAUGAACUGGAGGAUCGAUCGAUCUAUAUGACUAUAUCCCAAGAUGGGGAGAGAGAAAGAGUGUCCAAUCUAGUGUCCUUACCUUCCCUUCCCUUCAUUAUUAUUGGCUGCGUCAUGGUUUUAGGCGCUGCACUUUAUUUGUUUAUUUAGCCAAGUUCCUGUUCUAAUAUAAUUUAUAUGUUUAAUUGUUAUGAAAUGUAAAAAGAUCUGUGUAGUUGUACAUUGGAUUCUUCUAAAUAAUAUAUAAAGUUCUCCAUCGCUUAUUACCUUCCAGGUCGAUCAAAUUGAACAGUGAUUUCCUAUUCCAGUUGCCAUUUUUGCUGUAAAAUGGAAGUGGAG